CUUUAUAUUGGCUAUCGCCAUUGUUCCUUUCACAGUGCUUAUAUGUUCACGUGUUUUCUUGGUCUGUCCGAAGAUCUAUCGUAGCCAUUAUCGGUGUACGGUGAUCAGUGACCAGUGAUCUUUUUCUUAACGUCUUUUUUAGAAUGUAUCGUAUAUCCAGCGUAAUGAUCUGGAAUAGACACGUAAUAUGACAAUCGCGUCGGGUGCAAAAACUAUCCAUUUAAACUCCUGUUCCUUCUAAAUUGAAGAAACAUGUGCUAUCUACGCGGUGGCUAUUAAUGUGAUUUAUGUGAAAGAAAUAUUGCGUGUGACAUGGCAAAAGACGAAGGAGACGAUCUCUUGCCAGACAAGGAUGCGGCCAAAGGAUUUUAUGCGAAGUACGAGCCCAAAGAAAUCCUUGGAAGAGGAAUAUCUUCCACUGUGAGAAGAUGUAUAGAAAAAGAAACUGGCACGGAGUAUGCAGCUAAAAUCAUAGAUAUUAGUAAUGAAACUAAUGAAGAUGGUCAUACCAUGAAGGAUGCUACGUUACAAGAAGUUCAAAUUCUUCGUAGAGUAGCUGGUCAUCCAUAUAUUAUUGAAUUACACGAUGUCUUCGAAUCUAGCACAUUCAUAUUCUUAAUUUUCGAAAUUUGUAAGAAUGGUGAGCUAUUUGACUACCUCACGUCUGUUGUUACUCUGUCAGAAAAAAAGACCCGCUAUAUUAUGAGACAAGUUUUUGAAGGUGUUCAACAUGUACAUAAUCAAGGAAUAGUGCAUAGAGAUUUAAAGCCAGAAAAUAUAUUACUCGAUGAUAAUUUAAAUGUAAAGAUAACUGAUUUUGGAUUUGCUAGAGUAUUAAAAGCUGGAGACAAAUUAUAUGAUCUUUGUGGCACUCCUGGAUAUUUAGCACCAGAAGUGCUGAAGUGCAACAUGUUUGAAAAUGCGGAAGGCUAUGGACAUGAAGUUGAUAUAUGGGCCUGUGGAGUGAUUAUGUUCACUUUAUUAGUUGGUUGUCCCCCUUUCUGGCAUAGGAAACAAAUGGUCAUGCUUAGAAAUAUUAUGGAAGGAAAAUAUUCAUUUACGUCUCCAGAAUGGGCGGAUAUAACAGAAGCUCCGAAAGAUCUGAUCAGAAAAUUAUUAGUUGUUGACCCGAAGAAAAGAAUUAGCAUCAAAGAAGCUUUGGAACAUUCAUUUUUCCAUACAAUGCUAUGGGAUCAAGACAUCGCUCCUUUAAAACGUUCACUAUCGACUAAUUCGCGGCGUCUGAGUAGGAUAUCUCAGUUAGCUUUGGAAUUAAAGGCAAAAUCAUUUAAUGCAAGGAAAAAGUUCCAGUUAGCAAUUAUUUGUGUUCGCGCGGUCGUUCGUAUUAAGCGUCUCCAUAGUACGCCUGAACCUCUUUCGACUCACGUAGCGUGCACAGACCCUUACAGGAUCAAAAUUUUGCGGAAGGUUAUCGAUGGUUGUGCCUUCAGAGUUUACGGUCAUUGGGUAAAGAAAGGAGAGGGGCAAAAUCGAGCUGCGCUUUUUGAAAAUACGCCAAAGACAGAACUUAAACAUCUCUAUGUUAGUAAUUUGAGCAGAUAACUAAUGCUUAACGAAGCAUUAUCUAGUUAAAAUUGUUAUUUCUUAUGUUAGUCAACAUUUACAGUAUCUAAAGAAAAUAUUCAAUAAGAAAAAAUGAAAAAAAAAAUACAUAACUUACAUAAAAGUUUUUCUUAAUUUUGGCUGUAAUACAAGUAAUUAUUUAGACGAUCUUUAUGAUAACUAUAAAGUAUUUGUUUACUUUUAUUAUUGAAUGUGCAGUAUCAUAAGGUAAAUCAUAUAAUGUUUUAAUUAUUCUAAAUGUUCCAAAGAAGCAAUUGGAUUAUUUAGUUUUUAAAUUCCUUCUGUGGAAAAGAGUUUUAAAUGUUAUUUGUUUCUAAGGCCUAUCAUAUUAAGCCUAAUUUAUUAUUUUUAAAAUAUAGUAACAUACAGUAAAUAUGAAUUAUAUGCAACGUUGAAAAAAAAGCUAAAGAUUGUGAACAA